AUGACGGAGGCAGGUGACAGAGUUGCUGGGAGAAUGAUCCUGGACAGAAGAGAUGAAAAAGGUGAUAUAAUGCAAACUUUUGAGAGACUGGCAGAGAAGGCACAAGAAGCUAAAUCAGUAAGUUUUGAUUUAGAAGACGUAAGUGACAUAGAAGACUAUCAGGAUGUCAUGAAUAUGGAUGAGUCAACCUUAAGGAGUGUUUGUGUACAAUUAAUUGAUAAUUCCAGGAGAAAUAAGGGUCUGAUUAGAAGUUUGAUGGGUGAUGUUGUAGGCCUUAAGAGGAAGGUCAAACAGUUUGAGACAGAAGCAGAGAAUAUGAGAAGCCAGUUUGAAGAGUUGAAAAAUGAACUAAGCAAACAAGAUAAAGUGUUGAAUGCCUUACUUAAUAAUGUGGAAGAAAAUAAUAAAGCUGUAGAGUCAAGUGAGAAGAAAUCAGAGGAGUGUGUAGGAAAAAUGGAGCAAAACAAGAGAGAAAUUGAGAAAAGUGUUAAAAAGUCUGAAGAACUAGUGGAAAGAAAGUAUAAUGAGGUUGUAAAAUUGAGCAGGGAUUUAAAUGAGGAAAGAAGUGAGCUAUCAAAAAUGAGCUCUAGGGUGGAAGAAAGUGGUGGGUGA